AUGGGGACAACACUGUCACCAUCAUCAUCCCUCUCCCGCCCGGACUAGAAACCUGCCAGGGCUUUUUUCAACCCCCGCCGUCACUUUUCCAUUUCAUUUCUCCCACUCGUAUUGCCCUUCCGCCAUGCGUUUAUUCUGCCGAGUUCUUACGGGUGUGCUCCUUGUAUUGCCUGCCGUUAGUGCCGUCUACAAAGAUGAGGCUUACCAGAACGACUGGCACCUUGCCCUCAUUGGAGCCUCAAUUCCUUCUUCCACCUUCUUUCAUCAACCGGCCCCAGACGCCAAAGCUUCCCUCAUAUACACUCUUACCUCGAGGUCCAUUCUUGCGGCCAUUAAUCCGAGGGAUGGAUCGAUUGUCUGGAGACAUCUAUUGGGAGGUGGAACUUCGUUCGGUGUUGCCCGUAAGGCCGACGGGGCAGUGAUCGCCGCCGUUGAUGGAGAUGUCAAGGCGUUUGAUGCCAUAGAUGGGAAACUUAUUUGGGGGAUGACGUCUUCAGAAAGGGUUAAAGAUUUGCAGGUUAUCGGUGGAAGCAUUGCUAUUGUUCUGUUUGAGAAUGGGAGUGUUGCUAAAGUUUCUGGAGGGAAGAUUGUCUGGGAAAGUCCGGCGGUGGAUGGGUAUGCCCUCCUCCCCUUUCCACAAUGGUCCUCGUGUAUCGGGCUAAUGCUAUUCUGCUCGCUACGGCAGGGACAUUCCACAAUCACUGUUGGUUCAGGGAAAUAAUGUCAUGGCUUUAUAUCAGCAACCUUUGAAAGGGCUCCGUAUUGCAACAAUUCCCACUGAAACCGGUAAACUCUCGUCGUCCAGCAUUUCAGCCUCCAUCCAACCCGUAGACAAGAUUUAUAGCUCGGCUUCAGUUGUGGUUUGGACAGAGAACUCUUUGGGUCAGAUCAAGUUUCUCGUUCUUGGUGUUAAAUCCUCCGCUGUCUCUGUCGCCGCUCCUGAGCGUGUCGUCGACAUCAAGUUUCAAGCUUCUGGCAAGACUCUCCUCGUACAUUAUGAAACCGAGGACAAGUCAUGGGCUGAAGUUUAUGGUGUGGAUCAGAUGAAGGGCUCCGUCGAUAGCUUAUACUCACUGGGCGCAAAAGCUGCUCGCAGUGCUUUUUCCGUCACUGAAUAUGGAAGCGAGACCUACAUUACGUGGACUUUGCCCAAUGGAGAAUGCUUUCUUUACGGGAGCAAAUGCGCUGAUGUGCUGGACUCAUACACCUCCGACUCUCAGAACAACGGAGACGUUUCUGUCCUUAGCGCUAUCUCGGAGGUUAUCCCCAAGACGGAAAAGAAGUACGCCGUUCGCACAUUCAUCGCCACGUCCUCACCUGGAUUUCACGCCAACACUCACCUCAUCCGCAAUGGCAAGACUAUGUGGUCAAGACCGGAAUCUCUUGUUUCCGUUACUACGUCUGCCUGGGUGGAGCUCCUGGAUCCUGCUGCUGAAGAGGUCGCGGAGGAACUCGAUGUCGAGGGUCACAAGAAUGUUAUUGGGGCUUAUGUUCACCGCCUUACUAGGCAUGCUCAUGAACUCGUCACCUAUGGCCCUGAUUGGCUUGCAGGCAUUCCCGGACGAGUGACGGAUGCUUUCCUGGGUAAUGAAAUAAGAGAGGAGAGGGGUGGGAAAUGGAGAGAUUUCUUUGGGUUCAGAAAGUAUGCCGUCGUCGCUACAAAGGAGGGAGGUCUUGUUGCCCUGGACGUCGGAAGGAAGGGUCUUAUAGUGUGGGAAGUCUCACUCGUAUCCGGUAAAGACUCAGGCCAAUGGCAAGGCGUCCAGCAUAUAUAUGAAGUCGCCAAGGGAACUCUGGGGGUUGUUACAUGCGGAGGUGAAUACUGGGAAGUUGACGCUUUUGAAGGGAAGGUUUUGACUAAGGAGGAUGUCGGCGGUCGCGUCAAGAGUUCGACCAUCUUGAUGAGGGGAGGAAAGAGCAAGGUCAUAAUUGUUGUACUGGAAGGAGACAGGAUCGCGGUUCUGCCACCAGGAUCUGCUCUCGGAGAACCCGCCUAUAUUGUUGUCCGGGGUGAUGCCGGAGUCCUCAAUGGCCUUCGGGUGGACAACAUCACCUUGACCACGGUGAAAACGUGGGACUUUGUUCCUCAACCUACUGAGAGGAUACAUUCCGUCAUCAACCGCCCGGUCCACGACCCCAUAGCCUCCAUCGGAAAAGUUCUCGGAGACCGCUCAGUCAUGUACAAGUACAUCAACAAGAACCUCAUUACAAUCAUCGCAACCGACCCUGCUCAUUCUUCCGCCACAAUCUACAUCCUCGAAUCAGUCUCUGGCGUAAUCCUGUACUCAGCAAUUCAUGCGGGAGCCGACACCACCAAACCCAUCACCGCAACAAUGUCUGAAAACUGGCUGGUAUACAGCUACUUUGGCACAGAGGAGGUCAAUGGCGAGCCCGGGGCCAAAGGGUAUCAACUGGUUGUCAGCGAGCUUUUCGAGUCCCGGUCGCCAAAUCAUCGUGGCCCUUUAGCCGCGGCGCAGACGUACUCUGCCCUCGCGGGGGAGAUUGGUAGACCACAUGUCCUUAGCCACUCCUACAUCUUCCCAGCGGAGAUUUCCUCUCUUGGGGUGACAGCGACGAAGCAGGGUAUCACCACCCGCGAAGUGUUGGCUGUGAUGCCGUGGUCUUCAUCCAUCAUUGCCCUGCCAAAACGCCUACUUGACCCCCGCCGUCCAGUCGGCCACGAUCCCAGCGAGGCGGAGAGAGAGGAGGGCUUGAUGAAGUACGCCCCCGCGCUGGAAAUCGACCCCAGAUCCGUUUUAAACCACAAACGCGAGCUGCUCGGCAUCACAGACAUCGUCACAACCCCCGCGCAACUGGAAAGCACCAGCAUAAUCUUCGCCUAUGGUGGGGACCUGUUCGGCACUAGGGUAACGCCGAGCAUGCCGUUUGACGUGCUGGGUAAGGGGUUCAGCAAGAUUCAACUCCUCGGGACGAUUCUGGCGUUGGGAGUUGGCGUUGGGUUUGUCGCCCCCAUGGUAUGUUUUCCUUCCCUCCCCGCUCCCUUUGUUCUGGUCGAGUCGUCUGGGUUAGAUGCUAACAGUGGGUUCCUACAGGUGAGGAGGAAACAGAUUAAUCAGAGAUGGCUGACACUGAGUUGAGGGUAGCACGUUUAUGUUUUUUCGCUUUUUUAUCUGUUUGUAGAACUAGUUGGUUUAGAGAUGUCUUUGCUAUAUUUUCUUUGCCCUUUUCCGCAUUUCGGUCGUCGCGUUUCGGGAUUAUAUCAAAACGGUAGUGGGGGAAGUUGGUAGCGUGUCUCGUAUCAUGUUGGGGGACGGACGGGCGGAUACUCGAGUAGGUAGGGCCAACAGCGACCACGACAGUCUGGGUCCCGGAGUGAUAAGAAUAGUGAUGUUUACGGG